GCCCAUUUACACAAAAAGGUCUACGUAUACCAAGCAACCAAUUAGAUCGCGCCACGUUUACCAAUUUGCGUGAGCUAACCAAUCAGGACGAAGUCCAUGACCCUUCAUUUUACCGUAUAAUGCGGAUGAAUUAAUCAGCAGCAUACAUAGCCCCUUAUAACGACAACCCGGGAUAUUUUCGCGAAGCGAGGAAUAACACCCCCCCCCCCCACCAAAAAAAAAAAAAAGAAAAAACACACACCCAAGUAAAAAAUCGUCGCCGUAAAAGAAAGAGAAGAAUUUCGCCUGAAAUUUCCUUCGCUUUCUCGACCUGCUACCUCGUCUCUCCCACAUCAUGACAACAUCAAGGCGCCUUGCAGACAGGAAAGUGUUGAAGUUCGAAAAGAACAUAACAAAGAGAGGAGCUGUUCCUGAAACAAGCACAAAAAAGGGGAAGGAUUAUCCUGUUGGCCCUAUGUUGCUUGGGUUCUUCGUUUUCGUUGUCAUUGGAUCAUCUCUCUUCCAGAUUAUCAGGACAGCGACCAGUGGAGGCAUGGCAUAAGGCUGCAUAUAGCCCAUGUUAAAAAAAAAAAUGCAGAAGAGACUUGUUAUGUUCUUUUUCUAUAGUGUUGUAGCGAACUGAUGAUAUAAUAUGUUUACUAGAUAUGCGUUGUAACUCAUGUUGUGAAGAUUUCAAAAAUUUAAUUAGACCAGAUGAAAUGGGCCAAAA